GUCCUGCCAGCAAGCAGCCUUCAGCCAGCCUUCAAGCAGCCUCCACCCGGCCAGCGAACGCCCAGCACGGCCCAACAGGACCGUUACACGCCGGCACCGCUCACUCAUUGUUUACCAGAACCGGAACCAUGCUUCUACACUGUCUGAGCAGCUUUAUUUUGCUGUCUAUCGCCGCCAAGGGAACUGUAGGAAUAGAUCCCAACAACUUGACUGGAGUAACUGAGGGAGGAUCUGCUGAUGACGGUUUCUCAAGCCUCGGCAUAUUUAGCAGCCACACAACGCUCUCACCGUCACCAAGUUAUACACCAAUGACAGUCGUGAGUGAUGCCACAGCAUCUUACGCUCACAGAGAGACCACCAUCUCUGAGCCAAGCAGCCUUGUCUUGACGUCAACAACCCAAGAUGGCAACACGAGGGAGACUGGCACAACCACGCGCCCUCCCGACCCGACAGAUGGCAGCGGCUAUUCUCCCGCAACUACUGACCAACACUUCACAACAUCUCUGAGUGACAACAGCACAAUAUCAAUGACAAUGAACGACAAAACAACCUUAAUCCCAAACACGGGACCAACCAUUAAUGACAUGAGCUCAAUGACAAAUGGUGUCACAACGUUAACAACAAUGGUUCCAACGGAUGUCACAAUGACUACAAUCGACCCGACCGCCGCCAACGACACAAGUUUCAGCCCAACACCACCUGCCCUGACUGUCAAUGACAGCGCAACGACUGACGACAUAACCUCCAUGACAAUGAACGACAGCGCAACACGAAUCCCAACAACGGGACCAACCAUCAGUGAUAUUAGCUCAAUGACGACAACUGGUGUCACAAUGUUAACGACAACGGGUCAAACGGACGUGACAAUCUCUAUGACGACAAUCGAUCAGACCGCCAACGACACAAGCCUCAGCCCAACAACACCUGCCCUGACAGUCAAUGACAGCGCAACCACUGACGACAUAACCUCCAUGACAAUGAACGACAGUGCAACACUAAUCCCAACAACGGGACCAACCAUCAGUGACAUUAGCUACAUGACGACAACUGGUGUCACAAUGUUAACGACGGCGGGUCCAACGGACGUGACAAUCUCUAUGACGACAAUCGAUCAGACCGCCAACGACACAAGCUUCAGCCCAACAACACCUGCCCUGACAGUCAAUGACAGCGCAACCACUGACGACAUAACCUCCAUGACAAUGAACGACAGCGCAACACUAAUCCCAACAACGGGACCAACCAUCAGUGACAUUAGCGCAAUGACGACAACUGGUGUCACAAUGUUAACGACAACGGGUCCAACGGACGUGACAAUCUCUAUGACGACAAUCGAUCAGACUGCCAACGACACAAGCUUCAGCCCAACAACACCUGCCCUGACAGUCAACCACAGUGCAACCACUGAUUACACAACCUCCAUGACAACGGACGACAACGCCACCUUAAUCCCAACAACGGGACCAACCAUCAAUGAAACGAGCUCAAUGACGACAACUGGCCUCACGACGUUAAUGACAACAGGUUCGACGAACAUGACCGUCUCGAUAACGUCAAUUGAAACGACCACUGACAACACAAGUUUCAGCCCUACAACACCUACCCCGGCAGUCAACGACACCACCUCAACGACAGCAGCGGAGACUAACCAUUCCGCUACAACCGCCGCAUGGACGAACAACCCUGACUCCAUGACGACCGUCAAUCAGGAGGACACAGCAACACCCUGGAUGACAACCGCCACUCCAGCCGACAACUACACAACAACCACCGGGAUCUUCAAUGCAACUACCCUAACAACUAUCCUUACCACGACAAUUCCUCCGGAGAUUUCCGUUAGUGUCAGCGCAGCAACACAAUUGACCACAGUCUCAUCUGGACCCCCUUCACUUGCACCUUCAACGACAGAAGUGACUGGUCAAACGGGAACCACCAGCCAUGAAGCCACAAGUCACAUGACCUCGACUUCACCCGACACAACUAUCAUUGAAACCUCGCCACUACCCACACAGGGUCCAGUUUUGGUUUGUCCCGCUGAGCCGUGUCCUCUUGAAAGCGUCUGCCUCAACGGCACCUGCCAAUGUCUCUCCGGAAACUUCCUGGUGGACGGCCGCUGCACACGUGGUCAAGUGUUUGCUGGACAGCUCCACCUGAGCUCCUUGGACUUCAACAGCGAUAUGUUGAACAGGUCCUCCAAAGCCUUCCAGAACACGGCGGGGAACAUCGCCACAGCGCUCGCUGGCGCCUUCUCUGAUCAACCGGCUUACAUCCGCUCAGAUGUGGUGCAGCUAGCACCAGGAAGUGUGAUAGCAACGGUAAACAACAUAUUUGCCAACAUGGCCGCCUCUCAAGAGUCAGUGGAGCAGACCAUUAAAGAGGCCAUCGCCAGCAGCUCUCAAGGACUACUGAUAAACGCUACAUUUAACAGCACAGACUUGUGUGGUCAGGCGCCACUUCCUUGUGACGCCGUCACCGCUGUGUGCACCAACGCCAACGGAUUGGUCAUUUGCUCCUGUAAACAAGGCUAUGUUUCAACAGUCUACUCCAACACCAGCUGCAAAGCAUGUCCAAGUGGACAACAUGCGGUGGACAACAUCUGUAAGACAUGUGCGUUUGGCUACGGAGGCCUUAACUGCAGGGAUUCAUCUCUACUGGCUGUGGUGGUGGUCUCCUGCGUCCUAGGAGGGAUUUUACUCAUCAUGAUCUCAGCUUUGCUCGCAUAUUGCUGCUGGCGGCGGUGCCAAGGCGACCCUGGCAGGCGUAGUAGUCCAUACCCGACAGGUGAGCUGGCCAAGCCAUGGCCCUCUGACAUCACGCCCAUCCCCCGCGCCACCGCCACAAGCACGUGGGACACGUCGUCCAUGGAGAUGACCGAGGGAGGCAGCACUCGAGUCUUGGUGGACGGAAAGAAUCAUACCAACGGCGUGGGCUUUCAGCUGAAGCAGUCAAGGUGGAAGAAGUCGGGUUCGUACGACCUAAACACGGACGCCAUGAAGACUUUCAAGAGUAAAAACCCUUCACGCUACUCGUACCUGGUGGAAGGCCACAAGAACCCCUACUUCCUGCCGGGAGACAACAAGAAAAACUGAAGCAGCUCCCCCUUGUGGACGCCUAAAACUGUAUUUUUUUUAUUAUGUUCCGAUCAAAGAGAAAGGAUGACCAGGCGCCAAAUGAGGUGUUGAACAAUCGUUUUGUAACGUUUCAAUCGUGCUUUUCUGCAAUCACCAAUGACGUUUUGUGCCUCAAGUCAUGUCGAAUGACAAAAAAGGAGGCUGGUCCCUCGUUCUAGAUGCUUCUGAAGGGAUUUGUUUAUGUCAAGUUGCGCUUUUAUUGACUAAGAGUCGUGUUGUGCGUGGAUGUGCCAACUAUCACUCGUCUCUCAUGUGGUCUGCAGGGGUGUCCAAACCUGAGGGCCACACACGGAAAAGGAAAGCAUGCAGGGGGGAAUGUGGAUAUUUUUAUUUUCAAAACCAAUUCAGUAUAUACAUUUAUUUUACCUUAGGCUGCCCUCAAGUAUGUUCCGGGGACCCGGAAGGGUUUCAAUCAAUGCUCAAAAUAAGUCUAAUAUAAAAAUAUUUGUAAUUUUAUUCAAUGCUUAACUCUCUCGGUCAACUACAGGUCCGUCAUAAAAAAUACAAAAAAAGAUUUAUGCAUUUUGUCAAAAACCUUGUUUUUAAUGGCACAAAAACAAAAUGGGUGGGCUAUGUAUAAAUAUAUAUAAUAUAUAUAUAUAUGUCAAUAAUUCAUAACAUUAAUUUUGAUUAAUUUUAAUUAAUUUCUACCGAUCACCACCUGGUGGUGAGUUGGCUGCGAUGGUGGGGGAGGAUGCCGGACAGACCUGACGGGCCCAAACGCAUUGUAAGGGUCUGCUGGGAUCGUCUGGCAGAGUCUCCUGUCAAGAGAGAGUUUCAAUUCCCAUCUUCGGAAGACCUUUGAACAUGUUGGACAUUGAGUCCGAGUGGACCAUGUCCCGCCCCUCUAUUGUCGAGGCGGCCGAUUGGAGCUGUGGCCGCAAGGUAGUUGGUGCCUGUCGAGGCGGUAAUUCUAGAACCCGUUGGUGGACACUGGCGGUGAGGGAUGCCGUCAAGCUGAGGAGUCCUAUCGGGUUUUUUUGGACUCCGGAGGUAGCGGACAGGUACCGACAGGCCAAGUGGUGUGCGGCUUAAGCGGUCGCAGAGGCAAAAACUCGGACAUGGGAGGAGUUCGGGGAAGCCAUGGAGAGCGACUUCCGGACGGCUUCGAAGCAAUUCAGGACCACCAUCUGCCGCCUCAGGAAGGGGAAGCAGUGCACUAAUCUCAACAAAGGAUCGGUGAAGGAAUACUUCAAAGACCUCCUCAAUCCCACCAACACGUCUUCCUAUGAGGAAGCAGUGCCUGGGGAAUCUUUGGUGGGCUCUCCUAUUUCUGGGCCUGAGGUUACUGAGGUAGUUAAAAAGCUCCUCAGUGGCAAGGCCCGGGGGUGGAUGAUAUCCACCCGGAGUUCCUUAAGGCUUUGGAUGCUGUGGGCCUGUCUUGGUUGACAAGACUUUGCAGCACAUCUGGAUUGGCAGACCAGGGUGGUGGUUCCUCUCUUUAAAGAAGGGGAACCAGAGGGUGUGUUCCAACUAUCGUCAGAUCACACUCCUCAGACUUCCCUGUAAGGUUUAUUCAGGUGUACUGGAGAGGAGGCUACGCCGGAUAGUCGAACUUCGGAUUCAGGAGGAACAGUGUGUUUUUUGUCCUGUCGUGGAACUGUGGACCAGCUUUAAACUCUCGGCAGGGUCCUUGAGGGUGCAUGGGAGUUUGCCCAACCAGUCUAUAUGUGCUUUGUGGACUUGGAGAAGGCAUUCGACCGUGUCCCUCAGGAAGUCCUGUGGGGGGAGAGAGUAUGGGGUAUCGGACUAUGAUUGUGGCGAUUCGCUCCCUGUAUGAUCAGUGUCAGAGCUUGGUCCGCAUUGCCGGCAGUAAGUCGGACACGUUGCCAGUAAGGGUUGGACUCCGCCGAGGCUGCCCUUUGUCACUGACUCUGUUCAUAAUUUGUAUGGACAGAAUUUCUAGGCGCAGUCAAGGCGUUGUGGGGAUCCGGUUUGGUGGCUGCAGGAUUAGGUCUCUGCUUUUUGCAGAUGAUGUAGUCCCGAUGGCUUCAUCUGGCCAGGAUCUUCAGCUCUCACUGGAUCGGUUCUCAGCCGAGUGUGAAGCGACUGGGAUGAAAAUAAGCACUUACAAGUCAGAGUCCAUAGUUCUCGCCCCAAGUGGAGGUGUAAGUACCUAGGAGUCUUGUUCACGAGUGAGGGAAGAGCGGAUCGGUGCGGCAUCUUCAGUAAUGCGGACGCUGUAUCGAUUCGUUGUGGUGAAGAAGGAGCUGAGCCGUAAGGCAAAGCUCUCAAUUUACCGGUCGAUCUACGUUCCCAUCCUCACCUAUGGUCAUGAGCUUUGGGUUAUGACCGAAAGGACAAGAUAUCGGGAACAAGCGGCCGAAAUGAGUUUCCUCCACGGGGAACUCAAAAGUAAAGCCGCUGCUCCUUCACAUCUAGAGGAGCCAGAUGAGGUGGUUCGGGCAUCUGGUCACCCAAAUGCCUCCCGAGGGAAGUGUUUAGGACAUGUCCAAAGAAGGCCACGGGGGAGACCCAGGACACGUUGGGAAGACUCUCCCGGCUGGCCUGGGAACGCCUCGGGAUACCCCGGUAAGAGCUGGACGAAGUGGCUGGGGAGAGGAAAGUCUAUUUUUUGUUUUCACUAGAUACAGAAAUACAAGUUACAAAUGAAACAGUUCAUUAUCAGGCGAGCUCAUGUAGACUUCUCAUACAUUUUUUCUUGAGCCUGUGCUGAAGUCGCUACACUGCAAGAGAAGGCUUAAACUUAAAAACAAUAUUAUAAUGUUAACUGGUAGAAUCUACCUUCCUUACAUUUGUUUUUGAGAUCCUGGUGUUUUGAUUCCUCAAUCUCCAUCAGGGCGAGGUGUGCUGCUUCUAUAGGCGAGAUCUGCGGCCUUUUGAGUCUUCAUAAAGGUCUCCAUCUGGGUGAGGUGUGUGGCCUUUUCCUUCUCCUUCCGGGCGAGGUGUACGGCCGUUUCCUUCUCCGUCUGGGUCUCCAACUUGGCGAGGCGUGUGGUAUACCGCAUCCAUCUCAUCCAUGCAGGUGAGAUCUGCGGCCUUUUGCGUCUUCAUCUGGGUCUCUAUCUGGGUGAGGCGUGCGGCUUCUAUCUUCUCCAUCCAGGUAGAAUACAUUUGUUUUUGAGAUCCUGGUAUUUUGAUUCCUCAAUCUCCAUCAGGCGAGGUGUGCGGCCUCUCGCUUCUCCAUCAGGUCAAGGCGUGCGGCUUCUAUCUUCAUCCAGACGAGAUCUGCGGCCUUUUUCUUCUCCUUCUGGGCGAGGCGUGCAGCCGUUUCCUUCUCCGUCUGGGUCUCCAACUUGGCGAGGUGUGCAGCAUAUUUCUUCUCCAUAUCGGUCUCUAUCUGAGCGAGGCGUCUGGCCUUUUCCUUCUUCAUCAAGUUGAGGCGUGCGGCUUCUAUCUUCUCCAUCCAGACGAGAUCUGCGGCCUUUUGCGUCUUCAUAUAGGUCUCCAUCUGGAUGAGGUGUGUGGCCUUUUCCUUCUCCUUCUGGGUGAGGCGUGCGGCCGUUUCCUUCUCCGUCUGGGUCUCCAACUUGGCGAGGUGUGCAGCCUUUUUCUUCUCCAUAUCGGUCUCCAUCUGAGCGAGGCGUUUGGCCUUUUCCUUCUCCAUUAGGACGAGGUAUACGGCAUCCAUCUUAUCCAUGCAGGCGAGAUCUGCGGCCUUUUGCAUCUCCAUCUGGGUCUCCAUCUGGGUGAGGCGUGUGCGGCCUUUUCCUCCUUCAUCAGGGUAAGGCGUGCGGCCUCUUGCUUCUCCAUCCAGGCGAGAUCUGCAGCCUUUUGCAUCUUCAUAUAGGUCUCCAUCUGAAUGAGGUUUUUGGCCUUUUCCUUCUCCUUCUGGGCGAGGUGUGCGGCCGUUUCCUUCUCCGUCUGGGUCUCCAAUUUGGGCGGGGUGUUCGGCCUUUUCCUUCUCCAUCUGUUUAGCCAUCUGGGCGAGGUGUGCAGCCUUUUCCUUCUCCAUCUGGGUCUCCAUCUGAGCGAGGCGUUUGACCUUUUCCUUCUCCAUUAGGACGAGGUAUACGGCAUCCAUCUUAUCCAUGCAGGCGAGAUCUGCGGCCUUUUGCGUCUCCAUCUGGGUCUCCAUCUGGAGGAGGCGUGUGCGGCCUUUUCCUCCAUCAGGGUAAGGCGUGCGGCCUCUUGCUUCUCCAUCCAGGCGAGAUCUGCAGCCUUUUGCAUCUUCAUAUAGGUUUCCAUCUGAAUGAGGUUUUUGGCCUUUUCCUUCUCCUUCUGGGCGAGGUGUGCGGCCGUUUCCUUCUCCGUCUGGGUCCCCAAUUUGGGCGGGGUGUUCGGCCUUUUCCUUCUCCAUCUGUUUAGCCAUCUGGGCGAGGUGUGCAGCCUUUUCCUUCUCCAUCUGGGUCUCCAUCUGAGCGAGGCGUUUGGCCUUUUCCUUCUCCAUUAGGACGAGGUAUACGGCAUCCAUCUUAUCCAUGCAGGCGAGAUCUGCGGCCUUUUGCAUCUUCAUCUGGGUCUCCAUCUGGGUGAGGCGUGCGGCCUUUUCCUCCUUCAUCAGGGUAAGGCUUGCGGCCUCUUGCUUCUCCAUCUAGGCGAGAUCUGCAGCCUUUUGGAUCUUCAUAUAGGUCUCCAUCUGAAUGAGGUGUUUGGCCUUUUCUUUCUCCUUCUGGGCGAGGUGUGCGGCCGUUUCCUUCUCCGUCUGGGUCUCCAAUUUGGGCGGGGUGUUCGGCCUUUUCCUUCUCCAUCUGUUUAGCCAUCUGGGCGAGGUGUGCAGCCUUUUCCUUCUCCAUCUGAGCGAGGCGUUUGGCCUUUUCCUUCUCCAUUAGGACGAGGUAUACGGCAUCCAUCUUAUCCAUCCAGGCGAGAUCUGCGGCCUUUUGCGUCUCCAUCUGGGUCUCCAUCUGGGUGAGGCGUGUGCGGCCUUUUCCUCCUUCAUCAGGGUAAGGCGUGCGGCCUCUUGCUUCUCCAUCCAGGCGAGAUCUGCAGCCUUUUGCAUCUUCAUAUAGGUCUCCAUCUGAAUGAGGUUUUUGGCCUUUUCCUUCUCCUUCUGGGCGAGGUGUGCGGCCGUUUCCUUCUCCGUCUGGGUCUCCAAUUUGGGCGAGGCGUGCGAUCUUUUCCUUCUCCAUCUGGGCGAGGCGUGCGGCCUUUUCCUCCAUCAGGACGAGGUAUACGGCAUCCAUCUUAUUCAUGCAGGCAAGAUCUGCAGCCUUUUGUAUCUUCACCUGGGUGAGGUGUGCGGCCUCUUGCUUCUCCAUCCGGUCGAGUUCUGCGGUCUUUUCCGUCUCAAUCUUGGCCUUUUCCGUCUCCUGCUGGGCCUUUCGCAUCUCCAGCUGGCUGAGGUGUGCGGCCUCUCGCUUCUCCAUCCGGUCGAGUUCUGCGGUCUUUUCCGUCUCAAUCUGGGCCUUUUGCGGCUCCAGCUGGGCGAGCAUCCCGGCCUCUUCCUUCAUUAUGUCCUGUUCAACACACACACAGACCAUACUGUAAUUUCUGAUGUUGAACAUGACACUUGAGUCUGUGUGUGUUUCUGACACAAUAUUUAGUCUUUAAAAAAUGCCACAUAUUCUGCUGUAUGUGUGCCUGCUUCCCUUUUUUAAGGAAGACUUUAAACGUGUGGAAGUUGUUCAACAUGAGUGGAAGACUUUCCUCAAAUGCAGUAGAAAAGCCUAAAAGCUAAAUACACAAUACAAGCGCUCACAAUAUGACUGGGGAAAAACAAGGAAACCAUUUAAUAUGACAGACCUCCACAAAAAAAAAAAACGAUUGGAAUUUUAGUCUUUUCGCUGAAUAAAAAAAAUUAAAUGAAAAAAGUAAACUCUGACAGUUGUGUACAUUUCAUGUAAGAGAAUAUAGGAUAUACUUUGUCAAAAAGUGAUGACGUCAUAUACAUUGAAUCCCAAAACAUAAUACAUACAAACUAAAGUCCCGCCCUCUGACUUCCGUGUAUAAGUCCCGCCUUCUAGCAUCUGGUGGUGUUAUGUUGUACAUUCCAACAGGUGUUGUAAUGUUGUACAUUCCAACAGGUGUUGUAAUGUUGUACAUUCCGACAGGUGUCGUUAUGUUGUACAAGGCUUACUCAUCUCCUCUUUCUGCUGUAAAAAUGGUGAAUGAUCCACUUGACACUCCUGCGGGGAAACUUUGCUUUGAUCAGAAAAAUAAGAAAAAUCCGCAGCUUAUUGCAAAAUGAUUGUGUGUCUGUCUCUGGAAUAAUAAUGUGAACGACUUCUGCUGCGUCAAAACCUGGUCCUUUCCUAACAGCUAUUUACUUACCAACAAAGUCAAAGAUAUCUUUUAAAAUCCACCCAUCCAUCCAUCUUCUACCGCUCCCCUUUGGGGUGGCGGGGGGCGCUGGUGACUAUCUUAGCUACAAUCGGGUGGAAGGCAGCGUACACCCUGGAAAAGUCGCUACCUCAUCGCAGAUCUUUUAAAAUCAUUAAUGGUUAUUACCCUGUAAAGACAGAUGGUUAGAUACAAGGACAUUGAUGUUAUCUGCACCUUAUGUAACAUACAUCCAGAGACCGUUUUGGACUUGUGAAAGCUUCAUCCUGGACAUAUUCAUGACAAAUUUGUGCUUUGUUUUAAAGAUGUGAUAUUUGGUUUUACACUGUAGGAAAAAAAAAUUAAAAGGAAUUUUACUUUUGCAACCUCAUUAUACUAUUGG